AUGGAGACGUCGGUGGACGACUCGCUUCGAAAAGCGACAUGGUAUGUGAGGACGAGACAAGGGGCAGCGGACCAGGACGAACUUUACGCAGAGCUUCAGGACGUCAACAUCCUUCCGUUCCACUUUGAACGAGCGGCCUCGGCGAUGUGGAAUGCGGUUAAACGACAGUAUAGUAAAAACCGGUAUCAUUCGUAUUUAGGCGAGACGGACGAGACGAUUGCAGUAAAAUACCGCAGUCCAUGCAAGAGACGUGGCGUGGAUACGUGGCUGGAUGCCUUGAUGGUCAUGCGCCGCUUUGUGGAGCCGGAUCGCCUGGUUAUUUGUAUCAUGUCGUUCCCCUCCGUUCCGCUCGCCACGGGCUCGCUUCACUACUCGCAUGGUACGACGUCCUAG